AUGUCGAUUGUCCAGGAGAAUGCGCAUGGUCUGAACAUCCAGCUGGACCGUCUCCAACAACAAAUAAUUCUUCCCGAACGGUUCGAUGCGGCCGAGGCCCCCAGUCACCAUGUCCACCGGCUCCAGAAUGUGAUCAAUGCAAUCUCUGUGACUUCCAAGACACAGUCUCUCCUUCCAGCCCCCCAUUUAGUGGAACUACUUUCGGAUCCUACUCUCUCCCACCUUCUGCUUCCUGGCGUCGCCGAGCCCAAACCUGAGAAGCAUGUAUCGGACUAUCUAUGGCUGGUGGUUGCUAAAGCAGCGGUUCAGGCGUCGGGGUUGGUCAUGCAUACCUUGCUAGACCAAACGAUUCAGCUGCAGGAGGAGAUCUACUAUUGGGAUGAGGUGCUAGGCUCGAUGUGGUCCAGUGGUCUCUAUGCGGCACAGACCUCGCCUGCUCGACUGUGGCACUGGUCUAUAGAUAUUUAUACCGAGCAUAGAUCCCACGGGGCGGCUUUCCCUGCCUCCAUCUCGAGAUCUCUUGCCGUGAGAUGGGGACAGUUCUAUCAAGUUGCUCGACAGAGCUUACGUGGAAUGUCCGAGCAUCCCAGCGCAUUGAAUUGGUCUUCACCCAUUCGGUCUUGCCGAGUGGAGAUUAGACAGAAGAGAGAUCGUCUGAUCGCAAUGAAGGAUGCUCAUACGAGCAGUCUGGGGCUUCUCAUGGAGCAAUGGCAUGCUUUCCAAUCCGAUGACCUCGCCAGCAAGGGAAAUACCUCGCCGGAGCAGUGGCAGGAAACCGUUUCGAAAACAGUGCACCUAACAGAAGCAAUCCUCGAUCAUGUCUUGAAGCAAUCCAGCACUGCGGUGUUCGAACAAUAUGUUGUUCAAGCUGUUGAGAAGGAUAUGGGUAGUGUGCAGACGCGAAGCUAUGCCUCAUCCUCCACCCAGCCUACUGAUCUGAUCCAGCGCCUGAUCCAUGUUCUCCGCGAGCAAUUGCCUACUCAUACAACAUCUAUCUCCGCAUCCAUUGGAAACCACGGGCGCCCCUCAAGGAUCGUGCGGUAUUGGCUGCCGUUGUCCGUUGCAUUGCUUUCGAGUAGCAUAUCAUUGAAGGUGCUCAUUCGUCGUCAGGACGAGAUCAUCGAGUGGAUCCGAAACAUCGGUUCCACUAUCAUUGACUUUGGGGGGAAUUGGGUGGUACAACCUAUCCAAAAGCUCAUCGGAACCAUUAGACAUGAUGAGAAAAGUGAAAUCGCCAUUAUGAGUAAAAACAGCUUAAUGGCCGAUCGCGCCAGCUUGGAGCGGAUGGUCAUUGAUUUUGUCCGUGAUCGGCCAGACACAAGCCAGGGGAAGCUGGCCGCAGAGGACACGGCAGCCAUCGCGAAUGCAGUCAAGGAGGGAGACCUGACACCUGUGUUGAAGGCCUACGAAAGGGAUCUGCGGUCACCGUUUGCUGGAACUGUUCGAGGUGACUUGGUUCGAGCUCUUCUGAUCCAAAUCCAGAAGACCAAGGUCGACGUAGAAAUCGCAAUCAGUGGAAUCAAUUCCUUGUUGAAAAGUCAAGAGCUUGUUUUUGGCUUCAUUGGUCUCACACCAGGGAUCCUAGUUUCGUACACUUCUCUUCAGUGGGUGGCAGGACUCUUUAGUAACCGACGAGGCCUACGACAAGGCAAGAAGCGUUAUCAGGUCAAGCGAGGACUACGAAAUGUUACACGAAUCCUUACGUCUGCCUCCUUGACCACCAACGAGGUGAUUUCCUACAAGGACUCGGGACAACUGAUCUGCGAGGCCGAGGCAUUACUUCAGCAUAUCAAAACAGUGCUCGGGGGCUUGGAAUAUCGGGAAUUUCGAGAGGACAUUGAAGAUCUUUUGGAUAUCCAGGGGGGAGUCACUAAGCAGCUCCGGGUAGUUGAGAGGAUCCGAUGGACCUAUUUCCACUAG